AUGGCUUCCGAAGACAGUCACAAGGCUCUAGAUACUCCACCGAUGUGUGCUAAUGGUUGCGGCUUCUAUGGAGCAGCAACAACUCUUAACUUCUGCUCCAAGUGCUAUCGAGAUUACUGCCUCCAACAACAGCCGCAACUACGAGUUGUAAUCCCUACUAAAGCUGCUGUUAAUUCCUCCUCCUCCUCCUCCUCUCCUUUGGUUGUGGGAUAUGGGAAGAAGAACAAGUACUGCGAAUGCUGUAAGAAGCGAGUGAAGCUUCUAGGGUUUAAGUGCAGGUGUGGCAGUACCUUCUGUUCGGAGCACCGGUAUCCUGAGACGCACGCCUGUACUUUCGAUUUCAAGGCUGUGGGUCGAGAUGCCAUUGCCAAGGCCAACCCUGUUAUCAAGCUUGAUAAAAUACAGAGACUCUGA